AUGGACGUGGACGUGGACUUGGACGUGGACGUGGACGUGGAGAACUUGGACGUGGAAAUGGACGUGAACGUGGACCUGGACGUGGACAUGGACGUGGACGUGGACGUGGACGUGGAGGUGGACGUGGACGUGGAGGUGGACGUGGACGUGGACGUGGACGUGGACGUGGACGUGGACGUGGACGUGGACGUGGACGUGGACGUGGAGGACGUGGACGUGGACGUGGACGUGGACAUGGAGAACUUGGACGUGGACAUGGACGUGAACGUGGACGUGGACGUGGACGUGGAGGACUUGGACGUGGACAUGGACGUGGACGUGGACGUGGACAUGGACGUGGACGUGGACGUGGACGUGGACGUGGACGUGGACAUGGACGUGGACGUGGACGUGGACGUGGACAUGGACCUGGACAUGGACGUGGUCGUGGACGUGGACGUGGACAUGGACGUGGACGUGGACAUGGUCGUGGACGUGGACGUGGACGUGGACAUGGACGUGGACGUGAACAAGACGUGGACAACUUGGACGUGGACAUGGACGUGGACAUGGACGUGGACGUGGACGUGGACGUGGACGUGGACGUGGACGUGGAGGUGGACGUGGACGUGGAGGUGGACGUGGAGUGGACGUGGACGUGGACGUGGACGUGGACGUGGACGUCGACAUGGACGUGGACGUGGACGUGGACGUGGACAUGGACGUGGACGUGGACGUGGACGUGGACGUGGACAUGGACGUGGACGUGGACGUAGACAUGGACGUGGACGUAGACGUAGACGUGGACGUGGACGUGGACGUGGACGUGGACGUGGACGUGGACGUGGAGGACGUGGACGUGGACGUGGACGUGGACGUGGAUGUGGAGAACUUGGACGUGGACAUGGACGUGAACGUGGACGUGGACGUGGAGGACUUGGACGUGGACAUGGACGUGGACGUGGAGUGGACGUGGACGUGGACGUGGACGUUGACAUGGACGUGGAUGUGGACGUGACGUGGACGUGGACGUGA